GUGCAAUUGCCAGUUGUAACCACAGCUUCUUUAGGCAGUAGUAGGUUAGCAUCUGGCAGGGAUUGGUCUCAGCUUACAAAUCUAGAUUUCCUUUUUGGGUUAUUCAUUUUCUGAUGAUAAUGAUAGUUGCGACUGUGAAUUAGCUAUAGCUAGAAGUAGCAGUGCCUUUAUCUCCCCACCCCCAAGCCGGUCGGUGUUUGAGUUUGCUUCGGUGAUAGCGGCGCGGACUCCCGGCCGUUGCUCUUCAGAGCGGGGUGGAAGAGAUCUGUGCUCUGCUUUUGAAAUGGGGCACUGUGCUGCAGUCUGGGAUCCCAGAGCUGCAAUUCAAGUUACAAAGGAUUUGAAUGGGAUCGAUCAGGUUGUGCUCCGUACUCCUCAUGGGGCCUCUGCCAGGGUGAGCUUGAACGGAGGACAGAUUACUUCAUGGCGGAAUGCUCGGGGUGAGGAACUCCUGUUCACCAGUAGCAAGGCAAUAAAGUCUCCAAAAGCUUUAAGAGGAGGAAUUUGUAUUUGCUUUCCCCAGUUUGGCAAUGGUGGUUCACUUGAGAAUCAUGGGUUUGCAAGAAACAAACUUUGGACAAUAGAUAAUCAUCCUCCAUCUCUGCAUGCAUUUGAUGCUCAUGGAAAAUCUUUCAUUGACUUACUACUAAGACCAUCCGAAGAAGAUUUGAAAUUUUGGCCUCACAGCUUUGAGCUUCGCCUCAGGGUUUCUCUGGCAUCAGAUGGAAAUCUCACAGUGAUAUCUCGUAUUAGAAACAUCAAUGGAAAAGCAUUCAGUUUCUCAUUCGCUUGUCAUACAUAUUUGUCUAUCUCUGAUAUAAGUGAAGUAAGGAUUGAAGGGUUAGAAACACUGGACUAUCUUGACAAUCUCUGCCAUAGAGAACGUUUCACAGAGCAAGGAGAUGCAAUAACAUUUGAGUGCGAGCUUGAUCGUGUAUAUGUUGGCACUCCAAACUCUAUUGCCGUGCUUGAUCAUGAAAGGAAACAAACAUAUCUAGUAAAGAAAGAUGGACUUCCUGAUAUUGCGGUGUGGAAUCCAUGGGAGAAGAAAUCCAAGGCGAUGGUAGAUUUUGGUGACGAAGAGUACAAACAAAUGCUCUGUGUUGAUGCUGCAGCAAUAGAGAAACCUGUCACAUUAAAACCGGGAGAGGAAUGGACAAGCCGUGUAGCCCUUGUGGUUGUGCCAUCCACCUUUUGCGGAGAUGACCUUUAAUGCGUCAAAAAGGAAGAAGCAAGUGUCAUGUUUUAGGGGUGAUUCAGAAAGACUGGUGACAUAAUGCUUAUCUUGGUGUCUGCUCUUGCAGUUUAUUUAGAGCAAUGGCAAUACAAAAAGGCUUAGUAACGCCUCUAGGUAAUAAUGUGUGUGUAGUCAAAGGAAAAGCUCCAGUGUUGAUUUAGUGCGGUGCUACAUGUUAUAUGAAGUUGUACUUUUGUCUGUUGGGACUUCAUAACUCAUGUGGCAUCUUGUGAAAUCAGCCCCCCCCCCCCCACCCCCCCCCCCCCCCCCCCAAUGCACUAUAAUAAUUAGAAAAUGUGUAGUGUCUCUCCCAGCUAAACUGUUCUGUCAAUCCUGGGAACCCCUCGAGACUAGGGUGCAUUCUACUUAGGGUAUCAGUAGUAGAACAGGAAAGCCUAAGGUUUUUAUGUUGGCUUCUUUUCACUUGUUUAUUUCAGUUAUAGACUUUUGCUUCGAGUCUUCAUUUUAUUUUAGAAAUUAGGGAUCCUUUUCAUUCAUUUAAUAUCUUGAAAACAAUCUUAUUGGCCAAAA